CCGCUCUCGGUCACCACACCCCGCUGGCAGCACGCUGCUCCCUCACCGCUGGAUCCCGGUUUACCUGCAGCAGCUCCGCCGGUAACCGGGAGAUCACGAUGCCCGUCAGAAGCGUGUCCGCCCGGGACCCGGCCUUCCCCGCCCGGUUACUGCAGCAGUACCUGAUCUUACUAAAGAGAUACCCCAUAAUCACCAAAUCCGUCACAAGUGGGAUUCUGUCGGCGCUCGGGAACCUCCUCUCUCAAGCUUUAGAAUCCAAGAAAAACCGUAAAGAAGGUCGUCCAGCCAAGGAGGUGGACAUCCACGGACCCGUACGCUUUGCGGUUUAUGGUCUGGUCGUCACCGGCCCGAUCAGUCAUUACUUCUACCACCUGCUGGAGGCGCUGUUCCCGGCGGCGGAGCCGUACUGCAUGCUGAAGCGUCUGCUGCUGGAGCGCCUGGUCUUCGCCCCGGCCUUCCUUAUGCUCUUCUUCACCGUCAUGAACGCUCUGGAGGGGAAGAGCACGGCUGAACUCCAGGACAAAGUGAAAAGCAGAUACUGGCCUGCACUGAAGAUGAACUGGAAGGUCUGGACGCCGUUUCAGUUCGUCAACAUCAACUUUGUUCCUGUACAGUUUCGAGUUCUGUUCGCCAACAUGAUAGCCUUGUUCUGGUACGCCUACCUCGCAUCCGUCAGGAAAUGACCAUAUAAGGACGGUUUCCCAAACAGGGAUUAAGCCCAGUCUUGGACUAAACAGCAUUUUGAAUGGAGAUUAUUCAUUAAAAGGAAUAUUGAGUCUAAGAUUAAGCUUAAUCCUAGUCUGGGAAACUAACCCCUAGAGUCAGGGAUCUAAUCUGAGGUUUAUAGAAAGCACAGGUCAGUACUAAUAAAACCAGAUUGUGCCUUUGAAAAAUAAAAUAAUGUGUUCACACAGCAGCUAAAACUCCCAAAAAAGUCCAAAUCCAAUCUUUUACAUCAUAUAGAGCUCUGGGGAAAAAGAGACAAAAGAAUGAACGAUGUUCUUUUAUUCUGUAAACUACAGACAAUAUUUCUCCAAAUAAAAAUAUUGUAAUUUAGAGCUUUUAUUUAUUUGCAGAAAAUGAGAAAUGGCUGAAAUCACAAAAAAACUCAGACCUCAAAUAAUGCAAAGAAAAAAGUUCAUAUUCAUAAAGUUAUAAGAGUUCAGAAAUAAUCAACAUUUGGUGAAAUAACCCUGGUUUUUAAUCUGUUUUUUUUCAUGCAUUUUGGCAUCAUGUUUUCCUCCACCAGUCUUACACACUGCUUUUGGAUAACUUUUGGAUGCCUUUACUCCUGGUGCAAAAAUUCAAGCAGUUAAUCUUGGUUUGAUGGUUUGUGAUCAUCCAUCUUCCUCUUGAUUAUAUUCCAGAGGUUUUCAAUUUGGUAAAAUUAAAGAAACCCAUAAUUUUUAAGGUGUCUCUUAUUAUAUAUUAUUUUUUUCCAGAGCUGAUAUAUUUUUAUAUGUGAUAUUAAAAUACAGCAGCAGUGUGAUUCUGUCUGAACAACUAGAUCAGAAUUCAUGCAACCUUUAUAUCAAAGAAAAGGAUAAAAGGAUGUGCAUAUAGAAGGGAAAUUGAUUGUUCAGGGUUUCUAAUAAAAUGCAUUAAUGUGGCCAGAAGAGGG